CUGGGAACCCUCCUCGCCGUCUCCGGCGCUGCUCUCCGCAAAUGGUGCUACAUCACUCUCGGGAGCCACUUCACUUUUAAAGUGUGCCUCCUCCUGCAUCACGAGUUAGUGACCUUGGGUCCAUAUGCGUGGAUUCGUCACCCGAGUUAUACCGGCGUGCACAUGGUGCUGUUUGGCGCUACCGCUGUGAUCGGAUCGCAGGGAGCAUGGGCCAGUGAAUGUGGGGUGCUUACCACCUUGGGACGAGGCAGUUUGAACAGGAGCGCUAUCACAAUAUGGGCAUGGCUGAUCGUGGUAUUUUGGGUUAUUAAGUGCUCCUAUGCCGUGGGUAGCGCCCUGAGGAGGGUUGAAGUCGAGGAUCACGAGCUGAAGCGGAAGUUCGGGCAGGUUUGGGAGGAGUAUGCACGCAGGGUCAAGUGGGCACUCAUCUCGGGCGUUUAUUAG